AUGAGAAGUGGCGCCACCGACAUGCCAUUACAACUUGAAUUUGAUCACAGAUUCAGCAGAGCCAUUAAGGAACGUUUGAAAAGGCAAUGUUCUACACCAUUUGCUUACUUUACAGCCCCAAAGUCCUACUACCCACAGGUUUUCACCUCAACCAAUUACAAGGAUUUACCAAAGUUACAUCCUCCAAAGGCACACAGGCUAUCUGAGAAGCAAGUGAAUGAAAUGAGGAACUGGAGGGCAAUGUAUGAUCAGAGCGUCCCCCAGAAAACAGCGCGAAACAUGACUACAAAGGACAAUCCAGGAACGCUUCCUAUAAUCUGUAUGCAGCCGAUUCUCCAACUGUACAGCCUAUAGAUUUUGCCACGUUGAGUGAAUCAGCAGCGGUUUCAUCGGCGCACAAGGAAACAACAGAGACUCUAUAUAAAUUUAGCCAGAUUGUCUGUGUCAAAACUGAUUCCAGUGAUACUCAUCAGUUGUUCGUAAUAGCACUUCUGCAAGAGAAUGUGAGUGUUGGCAUGAAGAGGGUGAAAGCCAAAGUGUUCAAUCAAGAUCCUUUCAAUCCAGUGCUGUUUACGGAAGAGGAAGAGAAAUUUGUGGAAGUGAACAACAUCGUUUGCGAUUUGACAUGCUAUAACUACCAUGAAGAUAUUGUUGAGCUUAAUGAUAGUGAUCUUACUCUUCUACUUGAUAUGCUUCAGCAUACCAAUGAAGUCGUCACAAUCACAGAAGCAGAUACAAUGAGGCAAACUGCAGUGACAGAAGCCUCAGUCGACGAAGUUCAAGAUCAGUCAACACGAAUCCCGAGGAGAAGAAAAAGGCGGUUUGAAGACGAUUUUUUCUACUAUGAAUAGAAAGGUUAGUAACCAUACAAACAGGGGACAAUUCUAAUAAUUUUUGGGAUCAUGGGAACAGCACAAAACAUUUUUGGGAUCAAGGGAACUUAAACUAAAAUAUUUUAGGGAGCAAGUGGCUUUUUUAAAUGGGAACAGGGGAUCAAAUAAAAAAAAAUUAAGGGAUCAAGGGAACAUGUACCACCCCUGGGAGGGGCUCGUUAGUGCACUUCGGCUGCAACUUAGUUAAUUUAAUGUAGAGAUGAACUUUUCACAGACAGUGGUUGAUUCCUUUACACCCCAAACUACCAGGAAGUGAUAUAUCAAACUCUAACACAGGAAAUGGCUAUUUUGAGCCAAACAGGAACGGUCUUUCUCCGAAAAUCAGGAUUGAGUAAAAUAACUUGUAUAGUUGUAUUAAUGAUUAUAUGAAACUUUAAAUCACCAGCUUACCGACCAUUUUACAUAAGGCACAUAAGGUGAAACUAUGACUUAAUUAUAUAUUCAUGGUAAGGGAAGUUGAUCAGAAAAAACAAUCGCGUAGCAACUCAAAACAUGAAAUAAAUAUUAUUGCUAAUUUAUGCAACGAGCGAGAUAUUUUCAUCUGCCCUUAUAGCCUGCUUAUAUUUUCAUCUGCCCUUAUAUUUUAAUGCACAAGUCCAUAAAAUUAAGACGGUGCAUCAAAGUUUUAUUCAGUCAAUCAAUUAAAAGUCUCUGUUUUGCGGACAAUCUUUGUGGACAAUCGUGUUUUGUAGACAUAUAUAGUUUAAAUAUGCGUAGAUAAAGGAAGUUGACUGAUCAGAAAACAGACAACCGGAUCAGCUCAAAAUAUAAAAAAAACAAUGAUAAUAUCGGCACCCGACCAUUGGAAUGUUAUUAAUAUUUCGCACCUUCCAAACUGUCUUCAAUUGAAUCUCUAGUUUGUAUGAAUUUACAAGCAUAGUGAACCAGAAGUGUUAAAAAUUCAGCAUAAUAUAUAUCUAAUAUUUUACAACUGUAGCACUGAAUUUAGAAUGUAAACAAAGCGUUUGUUUACAUUACGGACUUUACAACAUCUUUAACUAAUUAUAGUCUAAAACUCUACAUCAUUAUGCAAUGACUGAUAAGGAGGUCUAGCAACUGAAGACAACCCGCCGAGCGGCCAAAGACGUAGUAACUUCCUGUUUUGGAGCUUAUAUAUAUAUCCUGCUUGCAGCUCGAGGUAGCAUAAAGUAGAAACAACAACUGCAGGUUAAGAAGUUCGUCUGUACGAUUAAGUUAGAGUUUAAUAGAAGCACUCAGAUACCUUUCUGCAAGAUGAAGUGGCUGUUUGUAUGUGUGUGGGUUUGUUUAUUGUACGCUACUGUUGGUAAGUUUAUAUACGGUUGUUUUAUUUGCUACCAAACCUUUGUACCACCUUGAAUUUCUAUUUUUGUUAUUUAGCAAACGCUUCAGCUGAAGAAGCAAAAGUGAGAAAUCGUCGUGCUCUGUGUGGAGGCAAAUCGUACGAUCAUAGAUUCAGCGUUUGCUGUGGUGGUAAUAUUCUCUGGAAAGGAAAUGGUGCUUCGUGCUGUGGAACUCGCAACUACGAUCGUAGAUUCCGCGUUUGCUGUGGCGGUAAAAUUCUCUGGAAAGGAAAUGGUGCUUCGUGCUGUGGAAAUCGCAACUACGAUCAUAGAUUCCGCGUUUGCUGUGGUGGUAAUAUUCUCUGGAAAGGAAAUGGUGCUUCGUGCUGUGGAAAUCGCAACUACGAUUAUAGAUUCCGUAAAUGUUGUCCAGGAAACGUAAUAAAAUCCUGGUGUUGA